ACAGCUAGUGCAUUUCAUGCACCAUGUUGCUGUUUAAGAGUCACAUAUGGACUGUUCAAAUUUGAACAAAUUUUGCUAUUGUGUUUACAGCUUUGAAUAGUUGCCUGGUGACAGAACUUGAAUCUUGAUGAACGCACUUUGGUAUGGUUACUGGUGAUGGAUUUGGUCUGAAUGUUUUUAGGAGUAUUGUGUUAUAAAAUAUGCAUGCAUAUGGAAUAUAACCUUAAACAACUUACUCAACCAACAGUUUAUGAUGCCUGGAACAACUACUUGGCUCUUAAAGGAAGUGGCACACUCUUCUGGGUGCUGGUGAUGGAUGUGAUAUGAAAUAUUGGUUCUAAGGGGGGUUUGAAUGGUAAAGGUGCAUGUGGAAAAUGAUCCGGAAGAACUUGGGUGCAUGUGAGUCAGGGACAUUUAAUGAGAUCUUUAUUUAUGGUCAGCCAUGUAUUCAAUCUCAUGAAAUUAUCAUCUAGAAUUUGAGAUUUUCACAUAAGGUGGUUUGGGAAGAUGUUGGGCACUACCAUUCACAUUGUUUUUUGCUAAUGCUUAUGUUGGGGGUACUACUAAUAGUAAUGACUAUCACCAGUCCAUACAUUUCUGAUGAGGGAUAUAAUCAUAUAAAUUUAUAACAUCUGGUGGGUGGUUCCAGACUUCCGAUGGUAUUAAGCUGAAUGUGAAUGAAGACACAUAUUUGGUCUGUGAUGCUGUGGAUUGGGCAAUUGACAUCCAAUGUUGUGGGUGACUUUUAGUUUCGUAAUUUCAGAUGGUUAACUUGGGAGGGUUAAUUGUUCUUGCCAGCUUACUCAAGCAAGUUUCCAUUAGUUUGUAUCAUCCAGGAAAUAUUUUUAAGCAAAACAUUUUGAUAUGAGCUUUUGUUUUCUCUUGUAUUUGCUGGAUGAGGCACAAGGUUUUCAUUUUUUGUCCUCGUUUCAGUAGUACAUAAAAAAUUUAAGUUGAUUAUUGCUCAAAUGAGAAUUGGUUAAAACUAUUUGUUUCAUGUAGUUUUACAGUCAUGCUUGACCGUCUUUUCCUAUUUAAUCUUACCACUUUUACUGAAACCAAAUGUUAAAAAUAAUUUUAGUGGAAUUAGAAUUGUGAUUUACGAAUUUUUUCUGUACACUAGUGUAGCUGGAAACUGGGAUGGUGAUCACAUUUGAGCCAGUAAUAGUCUCCGUAAGCAGCGUUGUCUUUGAUAAAACAGACUUGGGUUUACAGUGGUGUGGUUUGGGAGAGACAAGUAUCAAUUUUUUUAUGAUUUUGGGUCGAUGGUAUCGGGUUUUGAACUAAGUAACUGUUUCGGUUGUAUCUUGAGGAUCACGAACUGUUGGAUUUGAUGGGUGGAUAUAACUACUCUUUGGUAAGGUGCUGUUAUUGAUAUCCAUGACAAGCCAUUCCAGAGGUAAUUUCAGGGCAGUAUUCCACUGUGGCCAAUGUUGUCGCAACAUUACUGUUCUUCUUGACAAGAAGAUCUGAAUGGGUUGCAAGGUUUAGCUUAAGUAGGAAAAUAUGAUUUGGAUCUGUUACAGUAGCAUGAUAUGCUCUCUUAUGUUCUGAGCUUCCCCGGUCUUUUUCAGGAUAUAGAAUGCACACAAGUUCUGUUUCUCCCGUACGCCGUAGAAAUGCGGAUCACAGGUACAGUCUGGAUUUUGACCAUUCAAAGGGUCUAUCACAUAGCUGUGGAUUUGGCAGCGGGAGAGAUACUAGUAGUAGAUAUAAAGACUACUCGCCCCCCUAUAGUCGUGGAAGGGAAAGUGGCAGAUUCCAUGUUCGAGGCUAUGAUCGGCACAGUAAUGUUCCGGGGUCACUUAGAGGAGAAGUUGUGCCUAGAAAUAAUCCAAAUGUACGUCCAAGAGAAGGCGACUGGAUAUGCUCUGAUCCUUUGUGUGACAAUUUGAACUUUGCUCGGCGAGAGUACUGUAACAACUGCAAGAGACCACGUUAUGCAUCUGCUGGGAGUCCUAGGAGAGGUCACCCUCCUCCUCCUCCUCUCCCACCCAUCUCUCGGCCCCUUCAUGUCCCCUUAGCGGAUCGUUCCCCUGGAAGGCUCAUGAAUGGUGGUGGUUAUAGAUCCCCUCCGCGAGGCUGGGAGAGGGGGGAUGAUUCUAGAGACAUUAGGGCUGGGAUUCUUCCUCCUCCUCCCCCUAGGUAUGAAAGCAGCAGGUUCCAUGACCAUAAUAAUCCUCCAUUGCGUAGCAGAGACAGGCUGGAUUUCCCACAAGAUGAUUACCGGGACAGCAGGGGCAGUAGGUUUGACAGGCCGCUGCCGCUUGACUGGGGGACCCACAGAGACCGGGGGAGGGAGUCGUAUUUGGGUGAGAGGAGAGUCUACGAAAGGCGACUGCCAUCUCCACCACCACCUCCCCUGCCGCCCCGCGGCGGCAGCGGUCACUGGCAGUCUCGUGAAAUCAGAGAGAGGAGCCGCAGUCCGCUGAUGAUGAGGGACAGGGCCCCACCACCGCAGAAGGACUACCGCCGCCCUAUGUUUGUGGACAGAGGGCGAGAUGAUCGGCGCGUGGGGCGUGACGCGUAUUGAGCUCUGGGUUUUUGAUUUGUGUUGUUACGAAAGAAGAAACCUUACUUGACUUUUGUUGACGAUGCGAAUUGGUCUUAACUAUGUCCCUGAAAUACUUCCCUUGCCG